GGGAUCGCGGCACCAGUUUUUUUAGUGGUUUUCCUUUGUGCGUCUCGUUCGUGUUUGCUGCUCCCCGCUUUGCUCGCCCCUUUCGUCGCCGACUUUUAUUUUGUUUUGCUUUUGCUUUUGCCCAUUUUAUCAGAAUCGGAACCCAAUCCGAUUUCAAUCCCAUUUCAAUUCCGAUUUCAAUCCCGACCACCUCCAAAAAAGCGCAAGGUGAGCUGAUCACCGAUCCGAUCCGCUCCAAAACCGAGUGCAUAGUGCAUGCAAAGUCGCGAGGCUGCUGCGCUUUCGAAAUUACACAACCCACAUGGGGCAGCGCCAACAAAAGCCCCAGCAGCAGCAACAACAACAACAAUAGCGGGCAGCCAAGCAUUCUGCCACCGACCAUGGCCCCCACCACCAGUCCGCCGCCCAAGCUGGCCAAGUUCAAGUCCUCGUCGCUGGACCACGAGAUCUACACGGCGAAUCGACGCGGCACCAUUGCCACGGCCUCCAGCGACUGGAAGGCGCUCCGCGGAGGAGGGGGAGGAGGUGGCGGCCCUGGAACCCAUCCCUCCAACGGACGUUCCCUUCACGCCGGCGGAGCCAUGACCAGGGCCGCCUCCACAUCCUCACUGGCCAGCAGCACGCGCACCAUGACCAACUACCAGGAGUACAAGAUGGAGAUUAUCAACCAGGGCAAAUGCCUGUGCGGCCAAUACAUCAGAGCCCGGUUGCGACGGGCUGGAGUCCUUAACCGGAAGGUGACACAGCGGCUGCGCAACAUCCUGGAUCCCGGAUCCUCGCACGUGGUCUAUGAGGUUUUUCCCGCCCUGAAUAGCAUGGGGGAGGAACUGGAGCGCAUGCAUCCGCGGGUAUACACAAACAUAUCGCGCCAGCUGUCGAGGGCGCCGUUCGGUGAGCUGGAGGACGGCGACAUGGCGCCCAUGCUGCUCAACCUGGUGGCCAAGGAUCUGUUCCGCUCCAGCAUCACCUGGGGCAAGAUAAUCUCAAUCUUCGCCGUCUGCGGCGGCUUCGCCAUCGACUGCGUGCGCCAAGGUCACUUCGACUACCUGCAGUGCCUGAUAGACGGGCUGGCUGAGAUCAUAGAGGACGACCUGGUCUACUGGCUGAUCGACAACGGCGGCUGGCUGGGCCUGUCGCGGCACAUCCGACCGCGGGUCGGCGAGUUCACGUUCCUGGGCUGGCUAACGCUGUUCGUGACCAUCUCGGCGGGCGCCUAUAUGGUUUCGAACGUGUGUAGGCGCAUCGGUGGCCACCUGUAUUCGCUGAUCUUCUAGAAUUGCCCCGGAACGCUCCGUUUUAGAUGUAUAUUCGUACCAUUUAGUCAGUGAGAGCUUCGAAUCAUUCCUGCUUCCAUGGACACCGAGUCGUGUAGUAGUCUGUAGUGCACCUUGUUUUAACUAUAAUAUUGUUAUCCUGUUUCUUCUCUUUGUACAUACAAGGCUAACCUAGGCGCAAUAAAGCGUGUGUUUAAAACUA